GUGUUGGUCUGUGUCUGCCACACAACUGCUGUAGCAGCCAUGCCCGUAGUGGAGAGCGAUGCCGUGUCGGAAGAGGUGCUGGGCUUGAUUCGGCCCCACUUCAGCAAGGUCAAGGCCCCCAGCACGUACGACAAGGUCUACAAGGAUGAGUGCAUGUUCUCGUUCGACACGCCUUUCUCGCGCGGAGGGCUAUACGUGAGCCUUGCAAACUGGCAGGGCUUCGGCCAAGACUUCAUCGGUCUUGCCGUGGAGCGGGGAGCGGGGUGCCUGUACGUACACCAGGUGUGGAAGCGCGUACCUAAGGCUGCGGCCGCCGCCGGCGAAGGUGCAAACGACGCCAGCAUGGACACCACCGAUGAUACGGGGGACUCGAAGGCCGAACCGACCGUGCUCGCGCUGGGAGUGGACGGCGGCUUCCGGACCGACGAGCAGAAGUACGACAUUGUCAAGACGCACCGGCUGGUUGCCUUCAAGGCUGGCAGUGGCACUGACGGCGUGAGCGUCAGUUAUCCCGACGAGGCACUGCCUACGAUCGUUAGCCAGGCGGUCGACGCCAUCAUCGAGCACCAAGGCGCGGCAGAACAGACUGAGGUGAGACAGUGGGUGGCCGACAACGAGCUUAUCGUGAGCAAGUACGCCGACACAUUGGAGCACGUCGACAGCGGCCGCAGGAUCUCUUCCGACCCCAAGACGUGGGUGUGCGAAGAUAGCGGAAAGACGGAGAACCUCUGGCUCAACCUGUCCACCGGCUACAUCGGGUCCGGACGUCAGAACUGGGACGGUUCUGGAGGAACUGGAGCCGCGCUCCGGCACUAUGAGCAGACCGGGAGAAAGUACCCCUUGGCCGUCAAGCUGGGCACCAUCACCCCCAACGGGGCGGAUGUCUACAGCUACGCUCCAGAGGAAGACUCUAUGGUCAAGGACCCCAAACUGGCGGAGCACUUGGCUUGGUGGGGCAUCGAUGUGCUCAAGGUGGAAAAGACGGACAAGACCAUGGCGGAGCUGGAGGUGGAGCUGAACAAGUCGUACGACUUCAACAAGAUCACGGAGGCUGGCGCCAAGCUCAGGCCGCUGUCCGGGCCUGGCUUCACGGGCAUCAAGAACCUCGGGAACUCGUGCUACAUGAACAGCUGCCUGCAGGUGCUGUGUGCCCUACCGGAGAUUGGGCAGAAGUACGACGGGGAGGGCACGGAAGUCUUCAAGACGGCCCCGGAAGACAUCGCCUCAGACUUCCCCUCUCAGAUGUCCAAGGUAGCUUCUGCCCUGCUCUCCGGCAAGUACUCCACUCAAGCCCAAGUACCCCCGUCUUCGGGAGAGGGGGCGACGCCUGCUCAAGCCGGCGACGCCGAGAAGGCACCUGCGGGUGACGGUAAGGGCGAAGAAGGAGAAGGGGACGAGUUGGUGGCGGUGGCACCGAGGAUGUUCAAGCACCUGGUGGGGCAGGGGCACGCCGAGUUCUCCUCCGGCAGGCAGCAAGACGCCGCGGAGUACAUGCAGCACUUGCUUGAGUUCAUGCGCCGCUCCGAGCGCACCAGCGCCGGAAGGCUCGGGGGGGGCGACGGUGCUCGCGAGACAGCCAGCCUAUUCCAGUUCCGAUUGGUGGACCGGCUACAGUGCCAGCAGAGCGGGACUGUCAAGUACACCACGCAGGCUGCGGACAACCUGCUCAGCCUCCAGAUCCCGGUGGAAGCAGCCGUCAACAAGACCGAGGUCGAGGCCUACAAAGAACGCCUCAACAAGAGGCAGAAGUGCGACCCCAAGGCCAACACUACCACCACCAACAACAACAACGAGGAGGAGGCGGAGGAGGAGGAUGAGAUCAAGCCGGUCGUUCCUCUGUCGGCGUGCCUGGCGAGGCUAGCGGCAGACGAGAUCCUACCUGACUACCGCAGCCCCGCAACUGGGAAGGCCGGGCCCGCCCUCAAGCACGUCCGCCUGGGGAACUUUCCCAGAUACCUCUUGGUGCAGCUGCGCAGGUACUACGUGGACACUGACUGGCAGCCGAAGAAGAUGGAGGUGGAGGUGGAUGUCCCUCUCACGCUAGACCUCGAGUCACUGAGGUCAACGGGAAUGCAGUCGGAUGAGGUGCCUAUGCCAGAGGGGGACGAUGCGGUGCCCCCCGCGGCGGACGACCCGGCUGCUGCUGCUGCUGCUGCUGCUGGCUCUGCUGGUUCUGGCGCUCAAGUGAUUCCUGAUGCCGAGCUGGUGUCACAGCUGAUGGCCAUGGGGUUCCAGGAGAACGGGUGCAGAAGGGCGGCUGUGGCGGUCAAAAACGCCUCUGCAGAGGUGGCGAUGAACUGGGUGCUGGAGCACAUGGGCGACGCCGACUUCAACGACCCCCUCCCCGCACCCGGCGCAUCCACCGGGACCCCCGACGCCGCCGCCUCCGGUGAUGCGGCGCCAGACCCCGAGGCUUUGAUGAUGCUAGUCAGCCUGGGUUUCACGGAAAGGCAGGCGUCGGGAGCGUUGAAGGCUACGGGGGGGGACGCGGCCAGGGGAGCGGACUGGCUGUACAGCCACACAGACGACCUGGACAAGGCCGUCUCCGAGGCGAGCGAGCAAGCAGCUAGCGAUCUGUCUGUUUGAUUGUUUUUCACGAGGUUCCUUGGGAAUGACGGGAGAACCCGAAUAGUCCCUGUAUUUCUGAACAGAGCCACAUGUAUAUAUCGAUUACCGCUGCGCGUCGAUUCACAUGCGAGUUGCUUCGAACGGAUACAUAGAAAGGUACUGCCGUAUUUUUGCUUGUUGUCUUCACUUCUAAUCAGCGCUCGCUAACACCACAUAUGCCGUUUACUCCAACCGGUGGUCACACAGAAGGGCUCCUGUCCCUCAGGUCCC